UAAAGUCCGUUGAUGACGUGGACCUUCCUACAAGGUCCACCUCCAUUCCGAGCAACCGCCAAAGUUGUUCUCGGGAACCAUCUUCUUCUGCCCUUUUGUAUUCUUAAGCAUUUCUUCUUCUUCGAGACACACGCAGAGACUCGAAUCAGUAAACAAUGGCCACUGCAGACUCCGUGUUGGCGUUGAUUAGGGCUUAUCGGCCUUCUUUUAGAAACCCUCACGAUAAAAUAGCAUUCGCUGUUCACGCCUCCUUUCUGGCCUCCGGUUAUGUCCUUACUGCUACUGGACCUCCCGCUUUCUCCGACACUGCUUUGUCCUCUCCUUCUACAGAUGAAGUUGGGAUGGAGGGAUGGAAUGCAACGGAUGACGCUUAUGCUUUCCUCUACCGCAAAGAGGAAUUCGGGGCCAAGAAAUCGGUCUUAGUGAAAUGUUUGCCAAUGGGGGACAAAUUGAUUGUGGAUGCACUGGUCGUGGGAGGUGGAGAGGGGAAACCUGUCCACCUCGAAAUCGAUGUCAACAAGUAUGAUGGGGGACGUGAGAACACUGACUAUUCUGACAUGUAUAACAAUUGUGGGGAGCUUGUGAGUAGGUUGAAUUCUGGUAUUCUGGGUAAAUUGGAUGAACCCUCGGCGUCUUACAGUUCAUCAAGCAGGGAAAAAGCAAGGGAACAGUUGGAAGAUAAACCAGAUGAUCAAGGUGUAGGGUUCAUUGAGCCUCGAGGCUUUCAGCCAUAUCCUUCAGGUUUGCUAGUUUUUCUGUUGUACAGGCUGCAAAAUCGAAAGAUAAUCGGAGAGGCUGGUUGUGCGAUAUAUAGAACAUUUACUCAUGGUCUUGUGCAUCCUCCAGUUCCUCCAGUUCCUCCAGUUGGUGAAAGUGAUCUUAUCCCAGGAGGUGGAGCUGGAAUGUUCCCUGGCAGUCUUGUGGAUCCUCCAGUUCCUCCAUUCGGUGAAAGUGAUCUUGUCCCAGGCGUUGGAGCUGGAAUUUUCCCUGGCACCAGGCACAAUGACGGUGGUGGAGGCAUGCUUCUAGGUCCAAAUGAUCCACGCUGGUUUGGUGGGGUGGAUGGACGGCCUGGAUUUCCCGGUGGAGCUCCGGGUGUUCCACCAGGUGCUCGUUUUGAUCCUUAUGGCCCAACUGGUGUUCCUGGUUAAAAGCCAAACCGUUUCAUAAGAGACCCAAGGAGGCCUGGGGGCAGCACACAUCCGGACUUGGAGCCUUUUGGAAGUGACUAUGACUUUAUUUAGGACUACGAAUGCUUCCAACAACAUCAUCCCCCGGCAGACAGAAUGUCUUUUUGACACUUUUCAUUUCAUUCCUUCGUUCCUUUACAAGUGUAUCUUUUAGUUGGUCUUUUCCAGAGGGUCCAUUGUUCAUAGUUGGUAUAAGUGUGUACCACAUGUAAAUACUCUGAUUAGGUUUUUAGGAUGUUUUGCUAUUGUAACUUCUUUUUUCUUUUUUCCUUUUCCUCGUAAAAUAAAUAGAGGGAGGGAAAAGAAAGGGCAUGCUGUCAAGGCCUCUCUUUCACCUUUCUUAUGCAUCCUCUUUAAAAGCCAGUAACCGUCCAUGAGGCAUAUGAUGGGCUUUAUGGAAACCUCUAGGUCUCUACUCAUGCCAAGUUUCAGUUUUGUUUUGUCAAGAGUUCUGUCACAUAGCAAAACAUAUUUUGGAAAACCAAGGUUUAAGGAUGUGAUUUGAAAUUGCAA